UGAUAAGAAUAACUCAUGACAUUUUGAAAGACAGCAGACAAUGCUGGGGUUCACUCCUGGUCCCUGCCGUUGCAGCCCUACACCCUGGAGACCUUGGGUCCUGACACCUAGAGAUGCUGAGAGGACCGGAACUGGAAGCCCGAGCCCAGUUGGCCGGGCGGAGAGGUCAGCGGCGGGCGACUGCCGGCCCCAGGUACAGCGCAAGGUUCCCGGGGGACUCAGCCUGCUUCAGCCUGGGGGUGACCAACGAACUUCUGAAUCAAAGGGGGCCUUUGGGUUUCAGCAUCCUGUAAGACUUUAUUUACCCAUUUCAAAGCGUCAAGAAUAUUUGCAGAGUUCUGGGGAAAAAGUGCUGGCCAGUUUCCCAGUGCAAGCCACCAUUCACUUCUACAACGAUGAAUCCGACCCGGAGGAUGGAGAGCAGGAGGAGGAAGCCCAGCCCUGCCACCUUCAGGGCCAGGAGGCGGAAGAUCCGGAGGAAAACGGCCCAGGAGGAACGAGCAGAGACCAGUCGACACACCCAGGACAGAGAUCCGGAGGACGCAGUGGCCCCGGCCAUAAGGGUCGGUUUCCCGAUGGUGACUCUCCCGCGGGUGCGCAGUGCGCCUCAUCCAAAUAAAUGGGGUCUCCCUCCCAUGCCCGACCUGCCUCACCUGCGCUCCUGGAGACGGCUGUGCCUGGACGCUGCGUUUCCCCUGCGUGUACGGGGGUCAGGGACUCCUUUGACCGGCCGGCACGCUUCUCAUGGCAAGACCUCAGCUUUCACUUUUCCUUCGGGUGACUCUUCUCUAGAGCACUCAUGCGUACUGUUGAGAAAGGAUUCUAGAACCAAGAGAAGGUUUGUGUGUGUCAACCUGGGUUCUUACCAGGUAGGGCCAACUUUCAAAGCAUACUCCGCAUUGUCACUCUGCCGAUCAAUUGACACAUUACUCCAAUAUAGAUCAAUAACCCACCAUGCCUCUCACUUAUCCUGAGACUCAUCAUUUAGCUAUUUCUGGUUUUGUAAAAAUGAUUUAGAUACUGUCCAAGGGUUGAUGUAGUUGCUUAGUGCCAUUCUGAAAAAAUACAUUUAUUUAUGAAAAACAAAACAAUAAUUCCUAUAAGAAUGACAGAAAUUAAAAAAUACAUAUUUUUAGGGGACAUUUCUGGAUAAAAAUGUAUAUGGUUAUUGUGUAAGGGUUGUGUGUAUGAAUAGAGAGAAAAACUUGAGCUCUGUUGGGGACUGCUUUGGGCUUGUUACUUGAAUAAUACUGUUUUCAAUCAAAGUAUCUAAUGUAAAAUUAUUUUCACUUUUUUAAUAUUUGGAUGACCAAGUGAGCAUACUCAUCAAGGUUUUUUACUUAACUAUCUUACACAUGGUUGUCUUCCUGUAUACAGUACAUUAUAUACGUUUCU